AUGUACUUACAUGCACACAUUUGUGUUUGGUCUGUUCCAGAGUCUACAGUCAACUUCACAUCUACCUCUGGGACAACUGUAAUACCUGGAACCAUAAACUCUUCUACCCAAUCACAGACCUCUCUAGCCUUCAUAGUGUCUACCACCCCAACCAACUUUUCCACUUCAGAGAAGACUUUGGAGGCCAGCACGUUUCCUGGCAAUGUGUCAGAGGCCUCAUCCAACAGCACCAUCCCUGUGACAUCACACACAGAGUCAUCCUACACAUCAUCUCCUCUUAUUCCAUUUACCGCUAAGGGAGAAAUCAAAUGUUUAGAAAUCAAAGAAGUGAAACUGACUCAAGGCAUCUGCCUAGAGCAAAAUGAGACCUCCAUGUGUGAGGACUUUAAGAAAGACAAAGGUGACGGUCUGAUCCAAUUACUGUGUAAAAAGGAACAUGCUGAGACUGGAGCUGGGGUGUGUUCCUUGCUCUUGACCCAGUCAGAGAUAAAGCCUCAAUGUCUGAUGCUUGUCUUGGCCAAUGGGACAGAACUUUCCAGCAAGCUCCAAUUUAUGGAAAAACACCAAUCUGACCUGGGAAAGCUGGGCAUUCACAGCUUCACUGAAGAAAGUGUUGGAAACCACCAGCGCUAUUCCCGCAAGACCCUGAUUGCCCUGGUGACCUCAGGGGUCCUGCUGGCUAUCUUGGGAACCACUGGCUAUUUCCUCAUGAACCGCCGCAGUUGGAGCCCCACUGGAGAAAGACUGGGCGAAGACCCUUAUUACACGGAGAGCGGUGGAGGCCAGGGCUAUAGCUCAGGCCUUGGGGCCUCCUCCGAGGCCCAGGGAAAGGCCAGUGUGAACCGAGGGUCUCAGGAGAACGGCACCGGCCAGGCCACAUCCAGAAACGGCCAUUCAACAAGACAACACGUGGUGGCUGAUACAGAAUUGUGA